CCAAACAUUUAUGAAUUUGCCAAUUCUCAUCUCAGCUUAAAUAAGUGAGAUUAAAUUGUUAACCUUAUAUUAACCAGCUUAAUCAUUUAUAUAUAAUCGUUUCCCCUCUAUUAAUCAUAGGAAAUCAAGAAAAUAAUCAUUCCAAUGGAGCAAACUCAACAACCGCCGACACCGCCGCCGCCAACUCAGUCGCCGUCGACGUCCACUUCACAGCCAACUGAACAACAACAACAACAGCUUCAACCACCAUCUCCACCUCCACCACCUUCGUCCUCCGCCGCCGCAACCAGUCAACUCCCGUCUACUACAACAACCACUACCUCAGUAGUACAAUCACAAUCACCCCAAAACCUAAACCCUACUACCACCACUAUCACCGCUACCACUACCGCCGCAACCGCAGCUGCCACAUCUACUCAACAGCAAAACCCUUUAACACCCACUUUACAAAAUGCUCAAACAAGACAACCUUUUAACAGGCCAUGGCAACAGCCUUCACCUUUUCAACACUUCUCUUUACCUCCUCCGCCACCACCGCCGCCACCUCACUCGUCAUCAUCAUCAUCUUCGAUUACUUCUUCGUCUUCGUCGGGUGCUAUGCAAAACCCUAGAGGAGUUGGAGGAAUGGCCAUGGGAGUACCUGCUCAUCACCCUCCUACCUCUUUCUCCUCAAUGACUCCGCCCUCGCCUUCUUUUGGGCAGCAAUUUGGUCGCAAUUUGCCUGAUUCUUCUGCUCCCACCUCAACUACGUCACAGGUGAGGCAGCAAAUACAAGGAAUGCAUGGGAUGGGAAUGAUGGGGUCGCUUGGUUCAACUUCACCAAUGCGGCCAGCAGGGGUUCCUCAGCAGCUGAGACCUGUCGCUUCUUCUCUUAGACCUCAGACGAGCAUCGGUAGUCAGUCUGCUGCUACACAGAAUUUUCAAGGCCAUGGCAUGCUGAGAGUUCAGUCAGUGGGAUUACCUUCUUCCCAAUUGCAUACUAUGUCUCAAAGUCCAAGGGCCCAGAAUCAGCCAUGGUUAUCUUCAGGAGCACAAGGAAAACCCCCUUUGCCAACACCAUCACUAAGGCCUCAAAUUAGCCCUCAGAUUUUGCAUCAAAGGUCCCAUAUUCUUUCGCAGCAUCAGCAUACUGUUACUACCUCAUCCUCUGCCCAACAGUCACAGCUUUCAACCUCAAGUCAAUCCCAAGAUCAUUUGGGACAACAGACGCCCCCAUCGAGGAUCCCACAAUCAUUAUCUAAUCAGCCACUUGCCAGGGGGCAGGCAUUGGGAGUACAGAGACCUUCAUCUCAUGCAUUGAUGCAAUCCGCUAUGGUCAAGCCAGGACCUCCUAGUAAGGCUACCACUUUAGAGACGGAAGAACCUUGUACUAGGAUUCUAAGCAAGAGAAGCAUCCAGGAGAUUCUGACCCAGAUUGAUCCAUCAGAGAAAUUGGAUGCUGAAGUUGAAGACGUCCUUGUUGAUAUAGCAGGGGAAUUUGUGGAAUCUAUUACCACAUUUGGCUGUUCGUUGGCCAAGCAUCGAAAAUCCAAUACUUUGGAAGCAAAGGACAUCCUUCUGCAUCUUGAAAGGAAUUGGAACAUGACCCUCCCAGGUUUUAGUGGGGAUGAGAUCAGGACCUACAAGAAGCCGUUUACAAGUGACAUCCACAAGGAGAGAAUUGCAGCGAUAAAGAAAUCUGCUCUAGCUGCCGAGAUGAUAAAUGCAAAGGGCUCAGCACAAGCUGGUGGGGGUAUGAAAGGCCAUUUGGCAAAGGGUGCAGCUAAUAUUUUGGGUUCCCCUGAUGCCAAGACAUGAGAACUGCCUUAGGUACUGCCUCAAAGAGAGCUAUGUUGAAAACCAAAACCAGGAGAAUUGAUCUAAUGAAUAUAUUACUGACUCCAUAGUAAAAUUUGGACUAAAUCUUUUUACUGCCAUCUCAAAUUAAAAUCCUUAGUAUGGGUACUGAGAAAAGUCUGAAAAUGGAGUAUUUACUUUUGAGCUUGGAAUGGGGAACAUGUGGGACUGGUAACUCACUCGAGAUUUUCUAGGAUUUGAUUAGAAAAGAAGUUUACAGAGAAAAAGACAAGGGGAUAGUCUACCGUAAUAACCUUGUGGUCAGAGGUUCAAGUCAGCAAGGGGGCAUUGCAAGAAAGAACCACCUGUUGACUCAUGGAUUGGUGUUUUGGAGAGUAGGGUUUACCAAAAGUUGGGGAGGGGAGUAGUAGUACCUUAGCCAAAUCUCACAUUCGCGAAAUAUAGAAAAAAUAUUGGAUAUAUAAGAAAGUAAGUCCGAGACACGUUUUAAAGCUGUGCUAGCUUAGACUCAUAUAGGUCACGGUUGCAAGUCGUGGAAGAACCUACUGAUGCUUGCAUUAGGUUAGGCUGUCUAUAUUAUACUGUUUGGGGUGCGGUCUUAUUCGGACCCUGCAUGAAUACGUGACACUCUGCAUGCAGCCUUGGGUGAUUGUGGGUCACACCUCAAUGUUUGGUUGAGUUUAACAAACUUCAGUUACUUUUAGGUUUAUCACAUUUUUGAGAGAUUCUAUAUCAUACUUUAAGGAAGAUUCUAAGUUCCCAAGAGGUGGUGUAUGUUACAUUAACUUGGGAAAUAUUCACAUUGCAGAACACAGGGUUGGCAAUAUGAGGAAGCAAAUCUCAGACUUAAAUGACUGUUUGGAAUUGGUCUAAUUGAUUUUUACUCAAAAUGUAGUGGUGGUAUUAGUGGAUCAAUCUUUAAACUUUGAAAAUCAGCGUAAAAAGAAUUUACUAAUAAGCACUUCUGAGCGACAACUAGUGUGUUUUGACGAGAAUUUGCUUUUGUGGAAUACCUUUAUGUUAAGAAGAACAUGUCCUUGUUAAAUAUUUAGUCCUCAUUUUUAUCUUUUAGGUCUCUUCUCUCUUUCUUGGAAAUCUAGUAUUUGUGAGAACUUUCAA